CCUUCGGUCCCACCCACCCCCAGGGAGGUAGCCCCAGAGAGGGCGAGGAAGAGAGACCUCGGGUUCCCCCCUUUUAUUUCCAGCCCAUUGAACGAAGGAGAAACUGAGGCUCUGCCCAGCCUCGGGUUGAAUCCUGUCCCCCAAAAGGGAAAGGGCACAAGGACCCCCCUAGUUUGGGGUCAGUCGGGGAGGGGGGCAGAGGCCAAGGAGACCCUCCGGACACCCCCUGCCGGGACACCUGCUGAAGCGAUGGCGUCCACACUUCUAGGGGGAGAACGGCAGACCCGGAAAGUGGCCCUCCCAGUGACCGUGGGGCUGAUCUUAGCCACCUCUGUGCUGGGUGUCUGUCCUCCCGGGUGGGUCCCUUACAGGGACGACCUCUGUUUCUACCUCUCAACGGCUCCUGCCUUGUCCUGGAACGAGGCCCAUGUCUUCUGCCAGGACCAGAAAGCCCAGCUCGUGGUCAUCAAGGACUACAAGAAGCAGAUGUUCCUCACCGACCUUGCCGAGGGCGCCACGGGACGGGCUCCCCACUAUUGGAUCGGGUUAGCGUGGCAGGAGGCAAGAGGCCUGCUCGCUUGGGUGGAUGGCACGCCAAUUUCACAGAGCUGGUACAGGAACUGGCUCUCUGGACAUCCCAAGAAGAAGCAGUGUGUGCAACUGGUGAGCAUCUACACCGGACAAUGGAGAGACUGGGACUGCGACGCCAAGAGCCGCUUCCUCUGCGAGAUGCAGGUGAAAGAUGCCUUUCCCGGCUUUGUGAAAAAGGCGCAUUUCCGCUCCCGUUGCUAUGCCUUCCACUUCCCAUCGUUCAGGGAGUGGAGGUCCUGGAGGGAGGCCCGGUCUCUCUGCCGGGAAUCCGGGGAGAGCUUAGCCACGGUCCACGAUGAGGAGGAGAAUGUGGGAGUGUCAGACGCUUUUCCUGAAGAGGGCUGGCACAUGUGGAUCGGGCUGCGCUUUGGAACUGCCUGGAGUUGGAGCGACACGUCUUCCCUGGCCUAUGCCCGGUGGCAUCCAGAAAACCCCCCUUCCACGGCACGGGACCAGUGCGUGGUGCUGAUUCUCCAGCCGGCGGAUCCUGCCCAGCAUGGAAGGUGGAAAACCAGACCUUGUGACAUCCGUCCCGCUGGCGAAAUCACGGGCUUCGUCUGCCAGGGCAGAGAAGAUUUUUGUGGUCCCCCGGAGCCUGUCCACUUCCCUCUUCCGGGCGGGAUGGGUCCGCACGCCACAGCCGACGUUGCUUUCUCCUUGUCUGUCCGCUCUGCCUGCUCUUUGUCCUUGAUGGGCCUCCGGGCCGAAACCAACACCAGCGCCACCCUCUUCUGGCUCAGCCUGGAGUCAAAUUCCACCCAUGUGCACAGCAGCAUCGCCAGUGAGCUCGGCGGCUUUCCGGUGCGCAAGGUUUUCCCCGGAGUACCCGUUGUUCCCGGCAUCAGCACGUGGGGCUUUGUCACCUACCCCGAUGGAUUCGCCACUUUCUUCAACCAGCAGGAGCAUUUCCGGCUGUCUGAGGUCCCGGGCAUUUCUUUCGCCGGCCUCAGCUCCUUGCAGAUAAGUGGCGCCACUGUGCUCAAUGCCUCUUUAGAACAUCGCCUCUCCUCACAAGUGCACUUCCCCGGUGGCCGUGGCAUGAAGCUGGAAGAAGCCAUCCGGCGCUACCUGGGCAACUUCACCGUCAGCUUGUGGCUCCGAAGCCUCUCCGCCGGCCACCCCAAGAUGUGUGUGGUCAGCUAUGCCCUGAAGUGGAAGCCGCCAGAAUUUGCCCUCUUCCUCCUGUCCCCUUGGGGGCUGGAGUUCCACCUCAAGGGGGCCGUGAUGUUCUGCGAGACCCGUGGGGCUCUUCUGGACGGAUCCUGGCAUCACGUGGCCGUCUCCGUCUCUAGCGCUCCCAACCCACUCCCCGUCCAGGUCUUUGUGGACGGGGAGCCCUGGGACCCCAGUUCUGCCAGCGGCGGGCACCGUUCCUGGAAGAAGGGGCUGCCCUUGGGGGGGACGCUGUGCGUGGGGCAGCUGGAGAUCGACGGCAGGGGGGCCAGCUUCUACGUGGGUGACCUGAGCGAGGUGAAUCUGUGGGAUCGGGCCCUCUCCUGGUACUCGGUCAAACAACUGGCCGCCUCCAGGACCAAGUGGAAGCACCCAGGGAACGUGGUCAGCUGGGCCCAGCUGGUGGCCGCCCCGUCGCUUCCCCUGCAGAUCAGCACGUCCCUGAGUGAAGAUCCAGAGGCUGCCUUCGUGUGGUUUGGCUCCCUCCGGCUCAGAGGGAAGCCCUCGGUCCUGUGUUCCGAUCCAGAGCGAGCCCUGGUCUACGUGGCGCCCACCCAGGCCCAGUGCCCCCGAGGGGUCUUCUGGGGGCUGCAGCUGAAUGGGAGGCUGCGCAUAGUGGGGGACCCCCCUUCCUACCUCCUGCUGCGAGGGUGA